UUUGUUUGGGUGAAUAAGACUUAUUCACUCGUUUACUUUUUAUUGUUUUAACGUAAAUGGAAUUAUAAGAAAAUUCCAUUUAUAAUUUAUAACGUCAUUCAUUGAAAAAAAGUAUACACCGCCUUUAGUAUACAGUUAAUUAAAGUUCGUUCGCUUGAGACGCUUGUCUUUAUUUUUUUGGAAAUACUUGGAGCAAAGGGAAAAAAAUGUAUAUUUUCUUGCACACAAUAAUUUUUGCAACGCUAUCGAAUGGUGUUUUUGGUGGUAGUGCCAUGUCUUCAUCUUCUUCAUCACCAUCAAGCUCAAAAAAACCAGCCGACAAUUUUAAUAUUGAUAAAUUUCGAUAUAAAGGAGAUCCAAUUUAUUUUAUGUGCAUAACAACUGAUUCUCAACGUGAAUUCUAUGUGGCUGAAGUCAAUGGAAGCAUUCCUUCGGCUUUGGUUGACCGGUUAGAUAAUGAAAAAGGUCUAUCGUUACUCUUUCACGGCGUUGAGAAUAUAUUCGAUUCUGUAAACGAAUCGUUUUCUCCAUUUGCAAAUGAAUGGUUCGAGGCAUCUGGAAACAAUAUUUGUAUUGUAUCGUAUACGUACGUGACAAAUUCAUCGACAGAUACAAAAAUGAAUUCUACUAUAGGUAGAAUGGUGAAAACCCGUCGACUUGAAUAUGUUGCAAAGAUGGCUCGUGACUUGGUGUUGGACAUAGGUGAAAAAUGUGCGACGUCGACCAGAAAUAAAUGUGUUAAGAAUUUAUCUCAUGUUGAUGUGACUGGUUUUGGUUUUGGUGCUCACAUCGCUGGUUACACUUGUGAAUAUUUAUUCAAAAAAACGGGUGGAAAGGUCCGACUCUUAUUGGCUUUGGAUCCAAUAAAACCUGCUCUACGUGGCAUAAGGACUACAAUAAAGAGAAGAGCUGCUGAUUAUGUUCAAGUAAUCCAUACCUCCAUAAAGGUAGGAAUGUGGAAUCAGACAGGAGAUGUUGACAUAUACGUAAAAUAUGAGAGCGAUGAAAAUUUGGGUCCUUUAAAUGAUGUACAUGGAAUUGCAUUUUUCAUUCAUCUCGCAACAUCUACUAAGCGACUCUUUAUAAUGGCAGAAAUGAAUAAUAACACUAAACCUGGAAUCGGCAAAGUGUUAAAUAGUCCAACAAAUAUUGAACCAAAUGAAUGUUUAAUCGGUGUACACGGUACCCUGAAUGUGAAUCAUCGUGGAAAAAGAUUUGGACUUUUGUUGAAAAACGGUGAUCCAAUUUUCUGGAGAGGAGUUGGCAAUUUCAAGUAUAUUAUUUCGGGACUUCAAGAAGUUGAAGAAGAAGAUGAGGAUUGCAUAUUAUGCUACGAAAAUAAGAAAAAUGCACUUUUAUUGCCGUGCAGACAUAUGGAAACAUGUGUUACUUGUUGGUUUGAAUGGGAAAACGCGCAAACUUCAGACCGGAAUUGUCCCAUUUGUAGACGAGAAGUGAAAGAUUUCAAAGAGGUCAAUAAAAAAAACCUCCGCAAGAGAAAGAGAAAUCAAAAUGAUUAGGCUGCUUAUUCU